CUGGUCUGGUCCUCUGCCCAGCCACAGAACGUUGACUCGAUGGUGCAAGCGAUCCUACAUCCUGCUCAGGCGGCACAGCUAGUCCGAGUAUGGGCACGCGACACUCUGGUACCUCAGCGUCUAUACAAGCAUAAGAGCCCUUCCAUCAAAGACCUUGAGGUGAUAUGGAAUGCACUCAAUCAUGCUGCCGCCUUCGACGUGAAAGCAGAGCAGUCCUCAACGGAACCGGCAGAGGUACACGAGGGCGAGCGCCGUGUGAACGCAGAGUACCGUGAUAGGACUGAUCACAAGUAUCCAGACGGCUCAGAAUCCGAAUCCGAUUCUGACUCCAGUGGCAAGAAGGGUCACGCUCAUCUGGCGUCUCUACAGUACGUCAAGCAGCCAAAACUCUCUGCUGCGAGACAGUGGCAGGAGAGCAGAGGUUUCGGCUUCCACAACACUCUGCUCUUGGAUGACUCUACCGACAAGGCCAGGAUGCAGCCGUACAAUCACCUGCUCAUUCCCGAAUUCGAUCACGAGAGGGCUGCU